GCCGACAUGUCAAAACAGGACAACUGGCGGCCAUCAAGGUCAUGGACGUCACUGAGGAUGAAGAGGAGGAGAUUAAACUGGAGAUUAACAUGCUGAAGAAGUACUCCCACCACAGAAACAUAGCUACCUACUAUGGGGCCUUCAUCAAGAAGAGCCCUCCAGGACACGAUGACCAGCUCUGGCUGGUGAUGGAGUUCUGUGGUGCAGGCUCCAUCACAGACCUGGUGAAGAACACCAAGGGCAACACCCUAAAGGAGGACUGGAUCGCCUACAUCUCCCGAGAGAUCCUGAGGGGUCUGGCUCACCUGCACGCCCAUCACGUGAUCCACCGUGACAUCAAGGGUCAGAAUGUGCUGCUGACGGAGAACGCAGAGGUCAAACUGGUGGACUUUGGUGUCAGUGCCCAACUGGACCGGACAGUGGGCCGCAGGAACACCUUCAUCGGCACGCCCUAUUGGAUGGCACCCGAGGUCAUCGCCUGUGACGAGAACCCAGAUGCUACCUACGAUUACCGAAGUGACUUGUGGUCUUGUGGAAUCACAGCCAUUGAGAUGGCGGAAGGAGCUCCUCCGCUGUGCGACAUGCACCCAAUGAGAGCGCUCUUCCUCAUCCCCAGAAACCCGCCUCCUCGACUCAAGUCCAAGAAAUGGUCCAAGAAGUUCUUCAGCUUCAUCGAGGGCUGCCUGGUGAAGAACUACACCCAGCGGCCCCCCACCGAGCAGCUCCUGAAGCAUCCGUAUAUCCGGGACCAGCCUAACGAGCGGCAGGUCCGCAUCCAGCUGAAGGACCACAUCGACCGCACGCGCAAGAAGAGGGGCGAGAAAGAUGAGACGGAAUAUGAGUACAGUGGCAGUGAGGAAGAGGAGGAAGAGGCUCAGGAGCAGGAGGGAGAGCCAAGCUCCAUCGUGAACGUGCCAGGUGAGUCCACCCUGCGCCGCGACUUCAUCCGCCUGCAGCAGGAGAACAAGGAGCGCUCGGAGGCGCUGCGCCGACAGCAGCUCCUGCAGGAGCAGCAGCUCAGGGAGCAGGAGGAGUACAAGCGCCAACUACUGGCCGAGAGGCAGAAGCGCAUCGAGCAGCAGAAGGAGCAGAGAAGGAGGCUGGAGGAGCAACAGCGGCGCGAGCGGGAGAUGAGGAGGCAGCAGGAGCGCGAGCAGCGCCGUCGGGAGCAGGAGGAGAAGAGACGUCUGGAGGAGAUGGAGCGCCGGCGCAAAGAAGAGGAGGAACGCAGGAGGGCGGAGGAUGAGAAGAGGAGAGCUGACCGCGAGCAGGAGUACAUCCGUCGUCAGCUGGAAGAGGAGCAGAGGCACCUGGAGAUCCUGCAGCAGCAGCUUCUUCAUGAGCAGGCCAUGCUACUGGAGUGCAAAUGGCGGGAGCUGGAGGAACAGCGUCAGGCCCAGAAGCUGCAGAGGCAGCUGCAGCUGGAGCAGACCUAUCUGCUAGCCCUCCACCAGCCUCCAGAGAAGACCCAAGCCACACAGCAACACAGUGGGGAGUCCCCUCAAGAUCCAGGCUUAGGGUCCACUCGGUGUCCGCAGAACCGAGAUGUGGAUAGGACCGGGUCCCAACCCGGCCUUGGGUCGGAUAAGAGCAAGGCCCCACCGAAAAUGACCCCGGAAAGAGCUAGAUCGUCGCAGAACCUAGAACCGGAGAAGACUAGGUCUUCACAUGUCGUGGACUGGGAGUGGCUGAGGAGCUUGGAGCAGGCCAAAGGUGCUGUGUCGCAAACCCAUGGACCUCAACGACCAAACUAUGAGCCAAUCAGAGAGGCCGACGAGAGGUAUCGCAAGAACAUCCAGGGUUCUCCCCAGGCUGCCCUGCCCAAGCAGCAGCCCCCAGUUCCCCCUCGCUCCUCGGAGUCCUUCUCCAACGGGAACCCCGCUGAGGCUCCAGCCAUGCACAGGCCCAUGGAGCCACAGGUCCAAUGGUCCCAGCGAGCGGCGCUAAAGAGCAACGCCGCCCCUCCCUCCGCCGUGUUGCGCUCGCCGUCCUUCAGCGAGCCGGUCGCUCCUAGCUUUGCACACCUCCACCUCCGCCCCCAGGACCCCCACCAUCACCACCGCCUCGCACAACCACCGCAGUCAUCUUCCCCGUCAUCCUCAUCGCCCGCACGCACUGACCCGCAGCCACACCCCCAGCCUAGGGCCACGCCGCAUGUGCCGGCCCCCUCAGACGAGGCCCCGCCCAGGGUUCCGGUGAGGACCACCUCAAGGUCUCCAGUGUUGACGCGUAGAGACUCCCCUCACCAAGGCAACGCCACGCCUAGCAACCAGCCUGGGCAACGGAACGCUAGCAGUGCUGCAGAGCCCCGUCUGCUGUGGGAGAGGGUGGAGAAGCUGACCCCCCGGGCCGGGCCGGGCAGCACCAGCACCAGCGGUAGUGGGGGCUCCAGCUCCUCCAGCUCCAGCGCCUCCAGCUCCCAGCCUGGCUCUCACACAGGCUCAGGGGAGAGGUUCAGGGCCCGCUCUUCCUCAAAGUCAGAGGGCUCGGCCCUCCAGCGCCCAGAGCUUGCUGGGAAAAAGCCAGAGGAGAGGAAGGACUUGGUCAGGCCUAAUCGACCGGCGGGAGAUGUGGACCUGACAGCCCUGGCCAAGGAGCUGCGUGCGGUGGAGGACGUGCGCCCCCCCCACAAGGUGACGGACUACUCCUCCUCCAGCGAGGACUCUGGGACUACCGAUGAAGACGACGAUGAAGAGGUGGACCAGGAGGGAGGGGAGGAGUCCACUUCCGGGCCAGAGGAUUCCCGUGCUGUCUCCUCCAGGCUGAGUAAUGGAGAGACGGAGUCAGUGAAGACCAUGAUCGUCCACGACGAGGGGGAGAGCGACGCCUCCAGCAAGCCCUCCAAAGACGGCACACUGAUCGUCCGACAGAGUGCAGGUGACAACAAAAAGCACCAGGUCCCCAUCCCUGGCCCCAUCCACAGCAGCCCUGGGGCCCCAGGGGGCCCCCCCAACCCUGGCUUUGUCCCCAGCCUGGGGCUAGUGAACCACCACACCCCUGGUGCCCCUCACCACCACCACCACCACCCCCCCACCGGCCCCCACUCCCACCACCACACCCCGGAACGGAACGGCUUUGCCGGUCGCAUCCACCUGCUGCCGGACCUGAUCCAGCAGAGCCACCACUCCUCCCCCUCCCCGUCCUCCUCCGCCUCCACCUCCCCCUCCUGCUCCAGCCUGGCCAGCCCCUCCUCCAUGUCCCCCCAGAGCCCCCUGGACAAGCUCACCCUGCUCAUGAGCCAGUCGGCCAGCAACACCAUGCAGAAACACAAGUCGUCCUCUUCCUUCACCCCCUUCAUCGACCCUCGCCUCCUGCAGGUGUCUCCCUCCACCGGCAGCGCCCUCAACAACGUGGGCUACGGGAACGACGCUCGGCUGGCGGAGGCUCUGAGGGCGGACGCGUCUCGUAAGGGCUCCGUGGUCAACGUGAACCCGGUCAACACGCGCCCUCAGAGCGAUACGCCCGAGAUCCGCAAGUACAAGAAGAGGUUCAACUCUGAGAUCCUGUGUGCAGCUCUCUGGGGAGUGAACCUGCUGGUGGGGACGGAGAGCGGUCUGAUGCUGCUGGACCGUAGUGGUCAGGGGAAGGUCUACCCUCUCAUCAGUCGACGACGCUUCCAGCAGAUGGACGUCCUGGAGGGCCUGAACGUCCUGGUCACCAUCUCAGGCAAGAAGAACAAGCUGCGCGUGUACUACCUGUCCUGGCUGAGGAACAAGAUCCUCCACAACGACCCGGAGGUGGAGAAGAAGCAGGGCUGGACCACCGUGGGGGACCUGGAGGGGUGUGUGCACUACAACGUUGUGAAAUAUGAAAGGAUCAAGUUCUUGGUCCUGGCUCUGAAGAACUCUGUGGAGGUCUAUGCCUGGGCUCCCAAACCGUACCACAAGUUCAUGGCCUUCAAGUCGUUCGGUGACCUGGUGCACAAGCCCCUGCUGGUGGACUUGACGGUGGAGGAAGGUCAGAGGUUGAAGGUCAUCUAUGGCUCGGUCUCGGGCUUCCAUGCUGUGGACGUGGACUCUGGAGCCGUCUAUGACAUCUACCUGCCCACACAUAUCCAGAACAGCAUCCAGUCCCACGCUAUCAUCAUCCUGCCCAACACAGACGGCAUCGAGCUGCUGGUGUGCUACGAGGACGAGGGCGUCUACGUCAACACGUACGGCCGCAUCACCAAGGACGUGGUGCUGCAGUGGGGCGAGAUGCCCACCUCCGUGGCCUACAUUCGCUCUAACCAGAUCAUGGGCUGGGGCGAGAAGGCCAUAGAGAUCCGCUCUGUGGAGACAGGUCACCUGGACGGGGUGUUCAUGCAUAAGAGGGCCCAGAGACUCAAGUUCCUGUGUGAGAGGAACGACAAGGUGUUCUUUGCCUCUGUGCGGUCUGGGGGAUCGAGCCAGGUGUACUUUAUGACCCUGGGGCGCACCAACCUGCUCAGCUGGUAAAGGCCACGCCCCCUCACCACACUGGAGCCACCCACACCGCCUUUUUAACUUUCAGCCAACGGACAACAGCCAACCACCUCUGACUUCACCCUACCAGCCUCCUGCUGGCUUGAAACCGGAUAUGAGAAUUGUACAAAAAAAUCUGAGAAAGAGAAAGAGAGAGAGAGAGAGAGAGAGAGAGAGAGAGAGAGAGAGAGAGAGAGAAAUGUGAAAAAAGGGGUGUGGUUUCCCCCCGUUAUUAAUAUGAUGUUUUGGUGCUUAUGGGAUCGUGGGCACAACAGGUUCUUUGGGGUCAUUGCCAUAGUGACUGCAUCGUGACCCUUUGCGUUGUCCUUUGCUCCUCACCCCUGUGUCGGGGCUGCAGCUCUUCUCCCUGCUACUGCUCUCUGUAUCUCUGCAUCUUUCAGGAGGCCCGCCCCCUGCCACGCCCACUUCACCUUCCGGGGAGGGACAAGGGGCGGGGCCUACAGUGUUAAUGCUACAGUAUGUAAAUGUUUUAUUCUGUUUGGUCCAAUCGCUGCUGACGGCAGGCUGAGUUUGAGGCUGUCAGUCAGGAAGGAGGCGGCGGAAGCAAGGGAAGCAAUGGCUAGGCUUGGCGCUGUCAUGACGAUGGCGGGUAGGAGGAGUCUAGGUAGCGUUACCGUAAGUUCGGUAGUAUACGAGGGGACCCAACGGAGGAGUGUGUAAAUGAGAUUAGGACAAGUGGAAUCAAGAGGACAGCUUUUUAACCAGAUGGACUUCAGAAUAGUAUUUUUUGAAUUAUUAUUCCCUAUGAUAAGUGUAACUAUGUGGAGUUAAACAUGUAUUUUACCUUGUUUUGAAAAAUUACGCAUACACAUAAAGUAGUCACAGUUUGCUUGCUUUUACGCCCAGCCCACUGAAACUGAUGUUUUUGAGGAGAAAAGGAGGGCAAGUUGGGUUUCAUCCAAACAAUGGUGUCUAUGUAUAAUAAAAAGUUCAUUCAAUCUCAUUGGUAGUGACAGUGGUCAUGUUUGUCAGUCCAUUUGUCAGACAUGACACCUCAGCCAAGCUGGACCCCAUCAGCGGAGCUCUGGCCCGAGGCGUUAGCACAGCUGUGAAUAGAUGGAUAUAAGUAAACGUGUCGGAGGAGACAGGGAGGGGAUGGUGUGUGUGGAUGUGGAUGUACAUAGACCUACAGGCAGGAGAGUCGAAGAUGUGGAUGUCGUUGUUUGUAGCGGGAAGGUAACACAUGGUCAGCAACAUUCAGUAGUUCAACAGAUAGGUGGUGAUGUUUGUUUUUUGGUUGAGAUUUUAACGAUUUCUUUUCAUUGUACGUUUUAAUGAAUGCAACGCACUAAGUGUCAGGAAUGUAGAAUGACAUAAAUUGUUUGGUGGUCUAAGGCAUGACGCAUUUUUGUUACUUGGUUCCUUGUCACGGGUGAUCUAUUUUGAUGUUCAAUUUCAAGUAUUUGGAAAAUUCUUCUUCUUUUUUUGUUGUUUAUAAAAAGAUUCUACCCUUGCGGCUCUCCCAAUGUAAACUGUACUUUGGGAGCGUUCACCAGAGUGGGAAGCAGCUUUGACACUUUUCUAAGCCUGCGGUUCUGUGAGGACUUCUCACAGCAGCCUAUGAAGCUCUUCACAGGACCCGGGCCUAGACCUGGCCUAACCUUAGACCUAGUUUAACACAAGGUUAAGGUUUAAUAACCAGUAUAUGAGCUCCUUCUACUCCUUCUGCAGUACAGUGCGUAAAUGGAAGGUUUUAACAAUCGAAAUGAUAGAUGCUGAGUUCGCUGAGGACCGCUGGGCCUGUGGUAUCGUCACAGUGCUCUGGCGUAGAAAGACCCACUUUUAUGGGCAGGAGCUGUUUUGUUCACCGUGUGGUAGUCUGUAUAUGUUAAGACUAUUAACAAAACUGUCCCAGCACCCCUCCGUAUUCCUGACCCUGUCUACAGUACGCCAACUGACUCUUUUCCUGACAUGGAGUUUUUCCUACAUUUCCCAGGAAGCACUGUGACUGUGUUUCCAUGGUGAUGGGUUAUACCAAUGUCCCUUUUAGGGGGAGGGGCUGGUAAGUGAUGAGACAUCAUCUGAACCCAGUGGUGGACCUUCACUGACCGGAAAUGGGUGUUUCUAGAAGCAUAGGAGUCAGUGUAUAGAGUAUGUAAAGCUGUUUGUCAACUUUUAGUUUUUGUUAUCAAUGGCUAAGCAGUCAGAGUGGUGGACCCUAUGCUGUUCUGUCUGAGCUCGUUGUGCUAGUCUCCAGAGAUAAUCCACUCUGUCAUUGUCAUUGCAUCAAGACCUUUAGGCGUGGAAUAUAUAACUUUAUUCACAAAUUGUGGCUAUUGAUAUUCUUAUUAACUGACAAAACCGUCAAAAAAGCAGUUGCUUGUUGACAGAAAGUUGAAGAUGUGACAAGAUGGCAACAUUAUUUAAAGUGUAAACAUGAUUAGAAACCACUACAUCAAAAUACAUUUUUAAGAUCUCACUUGAAGCUUUGUGUAUUCUUAAGUUUUAGACUUAGUUGAGAAGCUUAACGAUAGUUUUCAGUUGUUUCUGGAAGAUUACUUACUUGUAAUUAAGCGACUGCAGUGGUUUUAAUCUAAUGAUCACCUUAUGUGGAUGUUAUGUUUACAGAGUCAAUGUUUUGAUACACUAAUGUGUAUCAUGAUAUUUAUGUUUUACUCAAAAAGCUACUUUUUGUUCAAAUUUUUUUCCUGCAUUUUGUUUUUGUUUGCCUGUUUUGUAUAAAACAUCCUAGUUUCAUUCAAAUAACAAACUCACAAGGAUUAAGAAUACACAAUUCCGAUGACUUAAGAGUGUUGCCACAGUGUCGUGGCGGCAUUGUGAGGCUGUUACCUACAGCGUUGAUUGCAGGUGUUAUCUCUCCAGUGUUUCUGCUACUCUAGCACACGUCCUCUCCGUGUAUGACAGGAAGUCCCUAUGUGUAUGACAGGAAGUCGCUAUGUGUAUGACAGGAGGUCCUGCAUUUUCCUGAAGGUCUUUUUUCUUUGAAUAAACUCUAAAGUAAUUUAAACCUC